UAUUCAUUUUCAAUCUAACUUCAUAUCUGGUCACAUAUCCAUUUUAUCCCACAAACUUUUAUUGAUUACUUACCGUAUGUAAAGCUAGGCACUUCGGAUACAAUGAUCAAGAUAAGGUCUCUGCCCUGGAGUUUAUAGAGUUGUAGAGGGUGACAAAUAUGGGCAAUGAGAUGUGUAAAUUCUAUCAUAGAAAUCAAUUAGGGUAUUGUGGGCUACACUGAAAAAAGAAAUCUACCAAGUAAGUCAAGGUAAGUCUUUAUAAAGGUGAUGAAGCUUGAGUUGAGUUUUGAAAGAUGGCUAGAGGUUAGAUCUGGCUACAGCUGUGUGGUCCAGCAUGGCUGCCACUAGCCACACAUGUGGCUAGUGAGCAUUUAAAAUGUCCUUAGAAUAUAAAAUGCACACUUAAUUUUGAGGGCUAGGUGUAAAAAAAAAUGUAAAAUAUCUCAAUAAUUUCAUAAUAUUUACUACAUUUUGAAAUGAUAUUUUGGAUAUUUGGGUAUAUGUACUGAGUUAAUAAAAUACAAGUUAAUUUCACCUGUUUUAUUUUACAUUUUUCUUUUCAUGUGGCUAAUAGAAAGUUUGAAGUUAUGUAUAUGGCUUGUAUCUGUGACUUGCGCUAUAUUUUUAUUGGCUAUCAGUGGUCUGGAGAUUUCUGAAAUUUUUAAGAUUUUUAAAUUAGAUGAACCAUUAGAAGUAUAGAAAGAAACUAAAAGAUAUUCUAGCAUGCCCUCUUUUUCUCUCUAUGUGUGCAUAUAUGUGUACAUAUGUGUCUAUAUAUACACACACAUAACCUUUAUAUUGUUCAAGUCAUUCAUACUUUGGGUUUUCUGGUUAUAUGUCAGUAAACCUCAUCCUAACAGAUACAUUGAAUUAAUAGCAACAAUUUAAAAACCACAGACCACUGGGGAAAAACUUGUUCUCCCUACUCUGGCAAAAAUUGCUUAAAUAAUUCAUGGAAAUCAAUAUGGCAACAAAUUAAAAUACAUUUUAUUGUCAGCAAAUACUUUGAAAGGAAAAUUGAAAACGUUACAGAGUUGAGGAAACAAUUAUUAGAAUCAAAUGUUGGAGUUUGUUUUAAGUACAAUGAGAGUACUCUUAUUCCCAACAUGUUUUUAUAUAUUAUUUGCUAUAUUGUGUUUCUUAAUGAAAUAAACAACUGCUUUUUGUGAGCUCUAUAAAAAUAUAUAUAAGUGAAUGUACACUUUCGACAGAAAUUCCUGUAUUCCCUGCUUAUUGAAACCAGAAAUCAAGAAGGAAUUCUACCUUUACCUGGAAAGCAGAAGAUGUGUUUUGUGAAGAUUUACUUGACUUAUCAGAACAAGUCUCUCUUCCGCUGGUUGGUGGAGAAUUUGACUUGGAGAUGAACUUUAUUAUCCAGGAUGCUGAGAGUAUAACAUGUAUGACAGAGCUUUUGGAGCACUGUGAUGUAACAUGUCAAGCAGAAAUAUGGAGCAUGUUUACAGCCAUUCUACGAAAAAGUGUUCGGAAUUUACAGACUAGCACAGAAGUUGGGCUAAUUGAACAAGUAUUGCUGAAAAUGAGUGCUGUAGAUGACAUGAUAGCAGAUCUUCUAGUUGAUAUGUUGGGGGUUCUUGCCAGCUACAGCAUCACUGUCAAGGAGUUGAAGCUUUUGUUCAGCAUGCUUCGAGGAGAAAGUGGAAUCUGGCCAAGACAUGCAGUAAAAUUAUUAUCAGUUCUUAAUCAGAUGCCACAGAGACACGGUCCUGAUACUUUUUUCAAUUUCCCUGGUUGUAGUGCUGCGGCAAUUGCCUUGCCUCCUAUUGCAAAGUGGCCUUAUCAGAAUGGCUUCACCUUAAACACUUGGUUUCGUAUGGAUCCAUUAAAUAAUAUUAAUGUUGAUAAGGAUAAACCUUAUCUUUAUUGUUUUCGUACUAGCAAAGGAGUUGGUUACUCUGCUCAUUUUGUUGGCAACUGUUUAAUAGUCACAUCAUUGAAGUCCAAAGGAAAAGGUUUUCAGCAUUGUGUGAAAUAUGAUUUUCAACCACGCAAGUGGUACAUGAUCAGCAUUGUCCACAUUUACAAUCGAUGGAGGAACAGUGAAAUUCGGUGUUAUGUUAAUGGACAACUGGUAUCUUAUGGUGAUAUGGCUUGGCAUGUUAACACAAAUGAUAGCUAUGACAAGUGCUUUCUUGGAUCAUCAGAAACUGCUGAUGCAAAUAGGGUAUUCUGUGGUCAACUUGGUGCCGUGUAUGUGUUCAGUGAAGCACUCAACCCAGCACAGAUAUUUGCAAUUCAUCAGUUAGGACCUGGAUAUAAGAGUACCUUCAAGUUUAAAUCUGAGAGUGAUAUUCAUUUGGCAGAACAUCAUAAACAGGUGUUAUAUGAUGGGAAACUUGCAAGUAGCAUUGCCUUUACAUAUAAUGCUAAGGCCACUGAUGCUCAGCUCUGCCUGGAAUCAUCACCAAAAGAGAAUGCAUCAAUUUUUGUGCAUUCCCCACAUGCUCUAAUGCUUCAGGAUGUGAAAGCGAUAGUAACACAUUCAAUUCAUAGUGCAAUUCAUUCAAUUGGAGGGAUUCAAGUGCUUUUUCCACUUUUUGCCCAAUUGGAUAAUCGGCAGCUCAAUGACAGUCAAGUGGAAACAACUGUCUGUGCUACUCUUUUGGCAUUCCUGGUUGAACUACUUAAAAGUUCAGUAGCCAUGCAAGAACAGAUGCUGGGUGGAAAAGGCUUUUUAGUCAUUGGCUACUUACUUGAAAAGUCAUCAAGAGUUCAUAUAACUAGAGCUGUCCUGGAGCAAUUUUUAUCUUUUGCAAAAUACCUUGAUGGUUUAUCUCAUGGAGCACCUUUGCUGAAGCAGCUUUGUGAUCACAUUUUAUUUAACCCAGCCAUCUGGAUACAUACACCUGCAAAGGUUCAGCUUUCCCUAUACACAUAUUUGUCUGCUGAAUUUAUUGGAACUGCUACCAUCUACACCACCAUACGCAGAGUAGGAACAGUAUUACAGCUAAUGCACACCUUAAAAUAUUACUACUGGGUUAUUAAUCCUGCUGACAGUAGUGGCAUUACACCUAAAGGAUUAGAUGGUCCCCGGCCAUCACAAAAAGAAAUUAUAUCACUGAGGGCAUUUAUGCUACUUUUUCUGAAACAGCUGAUACUAAAGGAUCGAGGGGUCAAGGAAGAUGAACUUCAGAGUAUAUUAAAUUACCUACUUACGAUGCAUGAGGAUGAAAAUAUUCAUGAUGUGCUACAGUUACUGGUGGCUUUAAUGUCGGAACACCCAGCCUCAAUGAUACCAGCAUUUGAUCAAAGAAAUGGAAUAAGGGUGAUCUACAAAUUAUUGGCUUCUAAAAGUGAAAGUAUUUGGGUUCAAGCUUUGAAGGUUCUGGGAUACUUUCUGAAGCAUUUAGGUCACAAGAGAAAAGUUGAAAUUAUGCACACCCAUAGUCUUUUCACUCUUCUUGGAGAAAGGCUGAUGUUGCAUACAAACACUGUGACUGUCACCACAUACAACACACUUUAUGAGAUCUUGACAGAACAAGUAUGUACUCAGGUCGUACACAAACCACAUCCAGAGCCAGAUUCUACAGUGAAAAUUCAGAAUCCAAUGAUUCUUAAAGUGGUGGCAACUUUGUUAAAAAACUCUACACCAAGUGCAGAGCUGAUGGAAGUUCGUCGUUUAUUUUUAUCUGAUAUGAUAAAACUUUUCAGUAACAGCCGUGAAAAUAGAAGAUGCUUAUUGCAGUGUUCAGUGUGGCAGGAUUGGAUGUUUUCUCUUGGCUAUAUCAAUCCUAAAAAUUCUGAGGAACAGAAGAUUACCGAAAUGGUCUACAAUAUCUUCCGGAUUCUUUUGUAUCAUGCAAUAAAAUAUGAAUGGGGAGGCUGGAGAGUCUGGGUGGAUACCCUCUCAAUAGCCCAUUCCAAGGUCACUUAUGAAGCUCAUAAGGAAUACCUAGCCAAAAUGUAUGAGGAAUAUCAAAGACAAGAGGAGGAAAACAUUAAAAAGGGAAAGAAAGGGAAUGUGAGCACCAUCUCUGGUCUUUCAUCACAGACAACAGGAGCAAAAGGUGGAAUGGAAAUCCGAGAGAUAGAAGAUCUUUCACAAAGCCAGAGCCCAGAAAGUGAGACCGAUUACCCUGUCAGCACAGAUACUCGAGACUUACUCAUGUCAACAAAAGUGUCAGAUGAUAUUCUUGGAAAUUCAGAUAGACCAGGAAGUGGUGUACAUGUGGAAGUACAUGAUCUUUUAGUAGAUAUAAAAGCAGAGAAAGUGGAAGCAACAGAAGUAAAGCUCGAUGAUAUGGAUUUAUCACCGGAGACUUUAGUAGGUGGAGAGAAUGGUGCCCUUGUGGAGGUUGAAUCUCUGUUGGAUAAUGUGUAUAGUGCUGCUGUUGAGAAACUCCAGAACAAUGUACAUGGAAGUGUUGGUAUCAUUAAAAAAAAUGAAGAAAAGGAUAAUGGUCCAUUGAUAACAUUAGCAGAUGAGAAAGAAGACCUUCCCAAUAGUAGUACAUCAUUUCUCUUUGAUAAAAUACCCAAACAGGAGGAAAAACUACUUCCUGAACUUUCUAGCAAUCACAUUAUUCCAAAUAUUCAGGACACACAAGUACAUCUUGGUGUUAGUGAUGAUCUUGGAUUGCUUGCUCACAUGACUGGUAGCGUAGACUUAACUUGUACAUCCAGUAUAAUAGAAGAAAAAGAAUUCAAAAUCCAUACAACUUCAGAUGGAAUGAGCAGUAUUUCUGAAAGAGACUUAGCGUCAUCAACUAAGGGGCUGGAGUAUGCUGAAAUGACUGCUACAACUCUGGAAACUGAGUCUUCAAGUAGCAAAAUUGUACCAAAUAUUGAUGCAGGAAGUAUAAUUUCAGAUACUGAAAGGUCUGACGAUGGCAAAGAAUCAGGAAAAGAAAUCCGAAAAAUCCAAACAACUACUACGACACAAGCUGUGCAGGGUCGGUCUAUCACCCAACAAGACCGAGAUCUCCGAGUUGAUUUAGGAUUUCGAGGAAUGCCAAUGACUGAGGAACAGCGGCGCCAGUUUAGCCCAGGUCCACGGACUACAAUGUUUCGUAUUCCUGAGUUUAAAUGGUCUCCAAUGCACCAGCGGCUUCUCACUGAUUUACUAUUUGCAUUAGAAACUGAUGUACAUGUUUGGAGGAGCCAUUCCACAAAGUCUGUAAUGGAUUUUGUCAAUAGCAAUGAAAAUAUUAUUUUUGUACAUAACACAAUUCACCUCAUUUCCCAAAUGGUAGACAACAUCAUCAUUGCUUGUGGAGGAAUUUUACCUUUGCUCUCCGCUGCUACAUCACCAACUACGGAAUUGGAAAAUAUUGAAGUGACACAAGGCAUGUCAGCUGAGACAGCAGUAACUUUCCUCAGCCGGCUGAUGGCUAUGGUUGAUGUACUUGUGUUUGCAAGCUCUCUAAAUUUUAGUGAGAUUGAAGCUGAGAAAAACAUGUCUUCUGGAGGUUUAAUGCGACAGUGCCUAAGAUUAGUUUGUUGUGUUGCUGUGAGAAACUGUUUAGAAUGUCGGCAAAGACAGAGAGACAGGGGAAAUAAAUCUUCCCAUGGAAGCAGUAAACCUCAGGAAGUUCCUCAAAGUGUGACUGCUACAGCAGCUUCGAAGACUCCAUUGGAAAAUGUUCCAGGUAACCUUUCUCCUAUUAAGGAUCCGGAUAGACUUCUUCAGGAUGUUGAUAUCAAUCGCCUUCGUGCUGUUGUCUUUCGGGAUGUGGAUGAUAGCAAACAAGCACAGUUCUUAGCUCUGGCUGUUGUUUACUUCAUUUCGGUUCUGAUGGUUUCCAAGUAUCGUGACAUAUUAGAACCCCAGAGAGAGACUACAAGAACUGGAAGCCAACCAGGUAGAAACAUCAGGCAAGAAAUAAAUUCACCAACAAGUACAGUUGUGGUCAUACCAUCUAUCCCUCAUCCAAGUUUGAACCAUGGAUUCCUUGCCAAGUUAAUUCCUGAGCAGAGCUUUGGCCACUCAUUUUACAAAGAAACACCUGCUGCAUUUCCAGACACUAUAAAAGAAAAAGAAACACCAACUCCUGGUGAAGAUAUUCAGGUAGAAAGUUCAAUUCCCCAUACAGAUUCAGGAAUUGGAGAGGAGCAAGUGGCUAGCAUCCUGAAUGGGGCAGAAUUAGAAACAAGUACAGGCCCUGAUGCCAUGAGUGAACUCUUAUCCACUUUGUCAUCCGAAGUGAAGAAAUCACAAGAGAGCUUAACUGAAAAUCCUAGUGAAACGUUGAAGCCUGCAACAUCCAUAUCUAGCAUUAGUCAAACCAAAGGCAUCAAUGUGAAGGAAAUACUGAAAAGUCUUGUGGCUGCUCCAGUUGAAAUAGCAGAAUGUGGCCCUGAACCUAUCCCAUACCCAGAUCCAGCAUUGAAGAGAGAAACACAAGCUAUUCUUCCUAUGCAGUUUCAUUCCUUUGACAGGAGUGUUGUGGUGCCUGUAAAGAAACCACCUCCAGGUAGUUUAGCUGUAACCACUGUGGGAGCCACUACUGCUGGAAGUGGGCUGCCAACAGGCAGUACCUCUAAUAUAUUUGCUGCUACUGGAGCUACACCAAAAAGUAUGAUUAAUACAACAGGUGCCGUGGAUUCAGGAUCCUCCUCCUCUUCCUCCUCUUCUAGUUUUGUGAAUGGUGCUACUAGCAAAAACCUUCCAGCUGUACAAACUGUUGCUCCAAUGCCAGAAGAUUCAGCUGAAAAUAUGAGCAUCACUGCAAAACUUGAAAGAGCGUUAGAAAAAGUUGCUCCUCUUCUUCGUGAAAUUUUUGUAGACUUUGCCCCAUUCCUAUCUCGUACACUUCUUGGCAGUCAUGGACAAGAGCUAUUGAUAGAAGGCCUUGUUUGUAUGAAGUCCAGCACAUCUGUGGUUGAGCUUGUUAUGCUGCUUUGUUCUCAGGAAUGGCAAAACUCUAUUCAGAAGAAUGCAGGACUUGCAUUUAUUGAGCUCAUCAAUGAAGGAAGAUUACUGUGCCAUGCUAUGAAGGACCAUAUAGUCCGUGUUGCAAAUGAAGCUGAGUUUAUUUUGAACAGACAAAGAGCCGAGGAUGUACAUAAACAUGCAGAGUUUGAGUCACAGUGUGCCCAAUAUGCUGCUGAUAGAAGAGAGGAAGAAAAGAUGUGUGACCAUCUUAUCAGUGCUGCUAAACAUCGAGAUCAUGUAACAGCAAAUCAGCUGAAACAGAAGAUUCUCAAUAUUCUCACAAAUAAACAUGGUGCUUGGGGAGCAGUUUCUCAUAGCCAAUUGCAUGAUUUCUGGCGUUUGGAUUACUGGGAAGAUGAUCUUCGUCGAAGGAGACGAUUUGUUCGCAAUGCAUUUGGCUCCACUCACGCUGAAGCAUUGCUCAAAGCUGCAAUAGAAUAUGGCACGGAAGAAGAUGUAGUAAAGUCAAAGAAAACAUUCAGAAGUCAAGCAAUAGUGAACCAGAAUGCAGAGACAGAACUUAUGCUGGAAGGAGACGAUGAUGCAGUCAGUUUGCUACAGGAGAAAGAAAUUGACAACCUUGCAGGCCCAGUGGUUCUCAGCACCCCUGCCCAGCUCAUCGCUCCCGUGGUGGUGGCCAAGGGGACUCUCUCCAUCACCACGACAGAAAUCUACUUCGAGGUAGAUGAGGAUGAUUCCGCCUUCAAGAAGAUCGACACGAAAGUUCUUGCAUACACUGAGGGACUUCACGGAAAAUGGAUGUUCAGCGAGAUACGAGCUGUAUUUUCAAGACGUUACCUUCUACAAAACACUGCUUUGGAAGUAUUUAUGGCAAACCGAACCUCAGUUAUGUUUAAUUUCCCUGAUCAAGCAACAGUAAAAAAAGUUGUCUAUAGCUUGCCUCGGGUUGGAGUAGGGACCAGCUAUGGUCUGCCACAAGCCAGGAGGAUAUCAUUGGCCACUCCUCGACAGCUUUAUAAAUCUUCCAAUAUGACUCAGCGCUGGCAAAGAAGGGAAAUUUCAAACUUCGAAUAUUUGAUGUUCCUUAAUACUAUUGCAGGACGGACAUAUAAUGAUCUGAACCAAUAUCCAGUGUUUCCGUGGGUGUUAACCAACUAUGAAUCAGAAGAAUUGGACCUGACUCUUCCAGGAAACUUCAGGGAUCUAUCAAAGCCAAUUGGUGCUUUGAACCCCAAGAGAGCUGUGUUUUAUGCAGAGCGUUAUGAGACAUGGGAAGAUGAUCAAAGCCCACCCUACCAUUAUAAUACCCAUUAUUCAACAGCAACAUCUACUUUAUCCUGGCUUGUUCGAAUUGAACCUUUCACAACCUUCUUCCUCAAUGCAAAUGAUGGAAAAUUUGAUCAUCCAGAUCGAACCUUCUCAUCCGUUGCAAGGUCUUGGAGAACUAGUCAGAGAGAUACUUCUGAUGUAAAGGAACUAAUUCCAGAGUUCUACUACCUACCAGAGAUGUUUGUCAACAGUAAUGGAUAUAAUCUUGGAGUCAGAGAAGAUGAAGUAGUGGUAAAUGAUGUUGAUCUUCCCCCUUGGGCAAAAAAACCUGAAGACUUUGUGCGGAUCAACAGGAUGGCCCUAGAAAGUGAAUUUGUUUCUUGCCAACUUCAUCAGUGGAUCGACCUUAUAUUUGGCUAUAAGCAGCGAGGACCAGAAGCAGUUCGUGCUCUGAAUGUUUUUCACUACUUGACUUAUGAAGGCUCUGUGAACCUGGAUAGUAUCACUGAUCCUGUGCUCAGGGAGAUUCCAGAAGCUUAUUUCAUUAGAGACCCCCACACUUUCCUUCUUACAAAGGACUUUAUUAAGGCCAUGGAGGCACAGAUACAGAACUUUGGACAGACGCCAUCUCAGUUGCUUAUUGAGCCACAUCCGCCUCGGAGCUCUGCCAUGCACCUGUGUUUCCUUCCACAGAGUCCGCUCAUGUUUAAAGAUCAGAUGCAACAGGAUGUGAUAAUGGUGCUGAAGUUUCCUUCAAAUUCUCCAGUAACCCAUGUGGCAGCCAACACUCUGCCCCACUUGACCAUCCCCGCAGUGGUGACAGUGACUUGCAGCCGACUGUUUGCAGUGAAUAGAUGGCACAACACAGUAGGACUCAGAGGAGCUCCAGGAUACUCCUUGGAUCAAGCCCACCAUCUUCCCAUUGAAAUGGAUCCAUUAAUAGCCAAUAAUUCAGGUGUAAACAAACGGCAGAUCACAGACCUCGUUGACCAGAGUAUACAAAUCAAUGCACAUUGUUUUGUGGUAACAGCAGAUAAUCGCUAUAUUCUUAUCUGUGGAUUCUGGGAUAAGAGCUUCAGAGUUUAUUCUACAGAAACAGGGAAAUUGACUCAGAUUGUAUUUGGCCAUUGGGAUGUGGUCACGUGCUUGGCCAGGUCUGAGUCAUACAUUGGUGGGGACUGCUACAUAGUGUCCGGAUCUCGAGAUGCCACCCUGCUGCUCUGGUACUGGAGUGGGCGGCACCAUAUCAUAGGAGACAACCCUAACAGCAGUGACUAUCCGGCACCAAGAGCCGUCCUCACAGGCCAUGACCAUGAAGUUGUCUGUGUUUCUGUCUGUGCAGAACUUGGGCUUGUUAUCAGUGGUGCUAAAGAGGGCCCUUGCCUUGUCCACACCAUCACUGGAGAUUUGCUGAGAGCCCUUGAAGGACCAGAAAACUGCUUAUUCCCACGCUUGAUAUCUGUCUCCAGCGAAGGCCACUGUAUCAUAUACUAUGAACGAGGGCGAUUCAGUAAUUUCAGCAUUAAUGGGAAACUUUUGGCUCAAAUGGAGAUCAAUGAUUCAACACGGGCCAUUCUCCUGAGCAGUGAUGGCCAGAACCUGGUCACCGGAGGGGACAAUGGGGUAGUAGAGGUCUGGCAGGCCUGUGACUUCAAGCAACUGUACAUUUACCCUGGAUGUGAUGCUGGCAUUAGAGCAAUGGACUUGUCCCAUGACCAGAGGACUCUGAUCACUGGCAUGGCUUCUGGUAGCAUUGUAGCUUUUAAUAUAGAUUUUAAUCGGUGGCAUUAUGAGCAUCAGAACAGAUACUGAAGAUAAAGGAAGAACCAAAAGCCAAGUUAAAGCUGAGAGCACAAGUGCUGCAUGGAAAGGCAAUAUCUCUGGUGGAAAAAACUCGUCUACAUCGACCUCCGUUUGUACAUUCCAUCACACCCAGCAAUAGCUGUACAUUGUAGUCAGCAACCAUUUUACUUUGUGUGUUUUUUCACGACUGAACACCAGCUGCUAUCAAGCAAGCUUAUAUCAUGUAAAUUAUAUGAAUUAGGAGAUGUUUUGGUAAUUAUUUCAUAUAUUGUUGUUUAUUGAGAAAAGGUUGUAGGAUGUGUCACAAGAGACUUUUGACAAUUCUGAGGAACCUUGUGUCCAGUUGUUACAAAGUUUAAGCUUUGAACCUAACCUGCAUCCCAUUUCCAGCCUCUUUUCAAGCUGAGAAAAAAAAAAAAACACGUUUGAUACUUUGUACAUCAGAUGCAUCUUAUUUAAAAGGGAUACUUUUGUAAAAGUAAAACCUUGUAUAAAGAACAAAAUGUUUCUUAAUUUUAUUGUGGAGUUACAACUUGCAUGUUCCUUACUCCUGAUGGCUUGAUGGAACAGGUGCAUUCACACUAUGAAACAGAAAGAUCUGUCCAAGGACACAGCUUGUAUGAAAGGGUUGAAUUUGGGCUCCAUCAGUAAUUUUUGACAUUUUCACCAAAAUAUAGUUUGCACUUUUUAAUCUAAAGUCAUCCCUUCUGAGUGAAAUUUGCUCAUAAAGCAUUUGGAUACUAAGCCAUUAUUUGCCAUUUUGGGUACUUUAUACAAAGAAAAUUCAGCCCUACCCUGCAUAAUUUGAAGACACAGCAGAAAGGGGGCUUAGGGAUGAGGUCCUGGUUUUUCUUGUAUAAAUAGGAGUCAUGGGCGUUAGUUCUGUAGUAAUAACUUCCCAGCACCUGGACAUCUCUUCCAGAGUCAUCCCACUGGCUUGGUGUGUAUACAUUAGGGGAGGAUAAUCUGAUGCUAACUUUUUUUUUCUCUUUGGUUCUUGAAUAGCUUAGUUUCUUUAAUAACAAGUCAAACUUUAUUACAACAAUAACUGAAGUUAUUCUUUUAGGUUCUCGUGAAAUUCUCACUGAAAGCCACAUUCUUAGCCUAAGGCAUUUCAUCUUUUAUGAUAUAAAAUGAUGGCUAUCAAAUGAUUUUCCAUACAUUGUACUGAUCAAGUUAUACACCCAGGGGUAUAUACACUUUCUUCAUGUUUCUUCUUUGUAUAUUUGGUGACCGUAUUGUCAUAGAUGUACAUAUUGUGUCGGUAGGGCUAUGAGGCAUGUUACAGGAAUGUAAUUUUCUCAGAAUUUACACUCACUUGCAGUCAUUUAUUUAAAAAGAUAAAACAAGAUAAUGGGUUCUUUGUAUUGGCACUUUGCACCAGAAACAUAUCAUUAUUUAUUGAUGUGAUUACUUAUUUGUUAUCCACCUUGUACUAGUAAGUUUUAGCACUGAAUUCCUUCUUCACUGUUGUUUGUAUUUAUGAAAUUCUGAAAUUAUGGGGAAUCAGCGUAAUGAUUAAGUUAUUCAUCACCAGGCUGUAAGCAAUAUCUUGAGUUUGUAGCUUAGAAUUUGGAGGAUACUGAACAUCUGGAAGACAAGUUCAUUUCAUCUUGAGAUCAUGGUGAAAUAUUUUGGAUAUAUAAAUUCCUUAAGCUAUUGUAACCAUGUUUUAUUGCAAAGAUGUAAAAUAUGCCAGAUGUGUGUGAGUUGGAAAUCAAAAAAAGAAAAAUAAAAUAUGCAAAGAAUUCA